AUGCGCCAGCAACAGCAGCAGCAGCAGCAGCAACUGCAGCAGCAGCAGCAGCAACCGCAGCAGCACUCCACUGGCCCAGAUGAACUCCUCGAGGAGCUGUGGGGGGGUGCAGGAGGCCUACAGGGCUAUCUGCCGCUUACUAAACCCCUGAAGCAGCAGCAGCAGCAGCAGCAGCAAGAGCAGCGGCAGCAGCAGCCAGAGCAGCACGAUGAAACUGCCUCUGCAGCAGCAGCAGAAGACCUCCAGCAGCAAAGCGAUUAUUACUCUUUGGCAUUUCUGUUUUUUCAAGAAAGAGAUGCGCAGCAGCAGGAGCACCUCCACAAGCCUCUCAAGGAGCUGGAGAGCGUGCUGGACCCUCUUUGCUGCUCGCUGCGCUUCUUGCGGGGCCUCGCGCUGCAGCAGCAGCAGCUGCAGCAGUCGCGGGACAAAUUGCUGCUGUCUUGUGCAGGCAUAAAAAGUGCCCUCAAGUAUUUGCUGCAGCGCCAGACGCAGGCCGAGGUAAACCCUAAACCCUAA